GGUCCUCUUACACGUUCAUCUGCUACUUUAUCUAAACUUCGUAUUAAUUUUGACGAUUCCGAUGAUGAAAAUGAAGAUUCACGUCAUUAUUCCUAUUCUAAACGAGAUAUAGCUGAAUAUCGUAAUCAUUAUCCAAAUGCACGAUCAAAUCCAAAAAUACAUGAUAAUUAUGAUUUUUAUACAAAUAAAAUACGUUCUCAUCCAGAUGGUGAUUUCAUUGAUAAAAUACAUAAGAACUGGUUUGGUGAUCAUAGAAAGUUAGAAUAUCAUCAUGGUUAUAUCCAAUGGUUAUUUCCAUUACAAGAACGUGGUCUUAAUAUAUCUGCUGAACCAUUACAAAAACAUGAAAUCGAGUCAAUUAGCAAAAAUGAAAAGGCAUUGGAAAGACUUUUAACAUCUUAUAAACUCAUGCUUGAUUUUUAUGGUUUUGAAUUAGUGGAUGAUAAUACAGGUGAAAUACGUCGUUUAUCUGAUGAUUCUUAUAAAUCAUGUUUUCGUAAUCUCAACUCAGCAUCACAUAAUUAUUUACGUAUUACUCGUAUAUUAAAAUGUUUGGGUGAAUUUAAAUAUGAAUAUCUCAAAUUUCCUUUUCUGACAGCAAUCUUACGAGAAAGUAUUACAGAAAAUACAUUAUCAAAUUGUCUUCGAUCAUGUAAAGAUUAUUGGAUUGAAACAUUACGUAGUCCUGAUGAACGACGUGCUAUUCGACAGUAUGCAAGAGAAUUAGUGGAAUAUCGAAAUAAAGAAAUGACACCACCUAAAUCACAUAGGGCUCAUCGUCCACGACCGACAUCGGCAGCAGCAGAGAACACUGAAAAUAUGUUAUCAUCAAAAGGCGAUGAUGAUGAUGACCAUAUGGAAUAA